AUGGAUCGUUUCUCUCAUAUGCCCCAUUUACACCGACCAUCAAAGGAAGAGCUUCUGGCCGCAGCGACUGGGUUCUGGUCACGGUUGAAAGUACGAUUCAAGUGGUUUUCUAUACGAAGUGUGCGUCCUUUCAGUCUCGAUGAGAUGACCGCGCUCUUUUCAUGGGUCCUACUCGGUCAUAUUGUCUGGGUUGUUGUAGGAACUACAACUUUCUUCUCGCUUCUGAUUCUGGCGAUCAACACAGUUUUUGCCCAGGAGACUCUGGCAGGAUGGGUAGGCAAUUAUCUCACCAAAUCUUCUGGAGUGAAAGUUGUCUUCGAAUCUGCAAUAGUCCCCAAGUGGAGAAAUGGGGUCAUCACAUUCAAGAAUGUGUUUGUGUCAAAGCGGCCGGGACAAGGCACAGGUCAUGUCAGUAAAGGUUCGUCGAAGACUGCUGCUGCUGCUGCUGCUGCUCGAGGUGAAACCGGGCACGAAGAUCCGCAGCUCGUCUCCGAUGAGGAGGAGGACACGAACUAUACCCAAUUCGAUUUGUCAAUUGAGACUGUCAAUGUGACCCUCUCAUUCACCAAGUGGCUUAAUGGUAAAGGUCCACUUCGUGACGUCGAGGUGAAAGGCAUACGGGGUGUUGUUGACCGCCGACAUGUUUACUGGCCGGAGGAGGACUUGGACCCCAAGUCCUACCGGCAUGAGCAUAAUCCCGGUGACUUCGAAAUUGACUCAUUCAAAAUGGAUGACCUUCUUGUUACCAUCUAUCAGCCUGACAACUUCCGGCCAUUCUCUGUUAGCAUCUUCUCUUGUGAUCUUCCGCAGUUGCGGAAACAAUGGAUCUUUUAUGACUUUCUUUCUGCCAACAUGAUGUCCGGGUCCUAUGACAACUCUUUGUUCACAAUCCACGCUCGCCAGAGCCAUGGCUUUACGGGCACCAGGUCGGAUGACGGAGCAGAGCGAGAUGGCAAAUCAAGCCCAUGGAAGAAGCAUAACAGAAUACGCGUCGACGGACUCAAUGUUGAUCAUCUCAAUCGUGGUGUUCAGGGACCUUUUUCUUGGAUUCACGAGGGGACUGUGGACAUUGUAGCCGAUAUUAUGUUCCCUGCGGAGAACAAUGAGAGCUUGGCCAAGGUAAUGGCUGAUUUCUAUGAUCGAUUAGAGGCAACUGUGAUAUCCAACCGUUAUCCGGAGCCUCUGUCGUCAAGUCCUACUCAUGAAUCUGAAAAUGAGGACCGCCGUUUCUUGGUUAUGGAUUUGCGUGUGCAUUUGAAUAAUGUUCGGGCUGUGGUGCCUAUUUUCACUCGAGAUCUUUCAUACAUAAACAACGCCCUUAUCCGGCCUAUUGUUGCUUAUAUCAACUCGAAGCGGACAUUCAUUCCGAUCAACUGUCGUCUAGUCAAGCGCGUUGGAGAUUUUGAUGGAAGCUGGACUAUCUUUGAUAGUAGUCUGAUGGACGACCUUUCAGCUGCGACUUACGAUGCGUUUGCUCGUGAUGUUGUGGACGACCAAGCUCGAAAGCGACGAUUCAAGAAGGUUGGAUUUUGGUCUCUUCAGUUGGCUGCUCAGGCACUUUUUAUGGGUAUGGCUGGCAACAUUGCCUAA